CAUUUUCUUUCAUUAUCCACAUUUUUCGACGUUUUGCAUGGGCAUACCCUUUACUUUUGACAAAACCAGACUCUGGGAGUUCCACAAGUCUGCACUUGGCAAAAUCCCUCUCAGUUUCGACUAUGGAGAGUCGUGUGAAACCAUGCAGUUUCCACACGCGACUUCCAGUUUACCGGCGCACGUCACCUUAUGGAAAUACGACACUCGCAAGUCGCAACCCAUUACCGGAAAGUGCUAACCUGCGUAUUUUUUAAAAGAACUUUUAUUAUAUUACAACUCAGAACAAAUCCCUGAGGUGUUCAACUACUGUAGGGCCACGAGCGUCUUUGUUUUUAAGAAUGCGUGUCAUUCCCCACGAACGAUGAAGGAGCUAGCACGCUCAACCCAGUGCACUACACGGUGCGCUGUUCUCCUACUCGCACGCACAGGCUUUUCUGCGCGCCCCCGGAUCGCCCUUAGUGCGCGUUCCCGCUCCACGCUUGAUCCUCGCUCGUAGUUGCACUCUCCCGGUGACGCCGCCGCUUAUCUGAGGCUACCGAAUAGCUUGUUCGCGGUGAUUGUAAGCCGAGUGCGGGCGGGAUAGCCUCAAAUUGAGCCGCAUUUACGCGGAGGCUCCUUUUACCUCCUUUUUACUACACGGCGAGGCCUCCGUUGGUCGGUGAGGCUUUCCCCCUCCCCUGGCUCCGAUUCCGUCCUUAGAGAGACCCCAACCCGGAGCAAAUAUUCCGGAGAAAAAGAGACUCCCGGAGAGGACAGCAGCGGAGAUGGAGGCGGUGGGGCCUGGUGAGUUGGAGAUGGGAGGGGGCAAAGCGGAAGCGAAAAGGCAGGAUAUCUCCGAGCUUGGCCCUCCACCGACUAACCUCUUCCAGCCUCCGCGGCGUCCUGGCCUGGGAACACUGGGAAAGCCAAUUAGGCUACUGGCCAACCAUUUUCAGGUUCAGAUCCCGAAGAUCGAUGUCUACCAUUAUGAUGUGGACAUCAAGCCAGAGAAAAGGCCAAGGAGAGUCAACAGGGAGGUGGUGGAUACAAUGGUACGUCAUUUCAAGAUGCCGAUUUUUGGAGACAACCAGCCAGGUUAUGAUGGUAAAAGGAACAUGUACACUGCUCACCCACUACCAAUUGGCAGAGACAGAGUUGAUUUGGAAGUGACCCUUCCUGGUGAAGGCAAAGACCAGACUUUCAAAGUCACUAUUCAGUGGGUCUCGGUAGUGAGUCUUCAGCUUCUUUUAGAGGCUCUCUCUGGACAUCUAAGUGAAGUUCCGGAUGAUUCUGUUCAGGCGCUAGAUGUAAUCACUCGCCAUCUACCAUCCAUGAGGUAUACACCAGUUGGACGGUCCUUCUUCUCUCCUCCUGAAGGUUAUUAUCACCCACUCGGUGGUGGCCGAGAAGUUUGGUUUGGCUUUCACCAGUCUGUUCGUCCAGCUAUGUGGAACAUGAUGCUCAAUAUUGAUGUUUCUGCAACAGCUUUUUACCGAGCUCAGCCGGUCAUAGAAUUUAUGUGUGAAGUCCUAGACGUGCAAAACAUCAAUGAGCAAACAAAGCCUCUGACUGAUUCACAGCGUGUCAAGUUCACCAAAGAAAUAAGAGGUCUGAAAGUUGAAGUGACACACUGUGGACAGAUGAAAAGAAAAUACAGAGUGUGCAAUGUUACUAGAAGGCCAGCAAGCCACCAGACGUUUCCUUUACAGUUGGAGAAUGGUCAAGCCAUGGAGUGUACUGUUGCUCAGUACUUUAAGCAGAAAUAUAGCUUACAAUUAAAAUAUCCCCAUCUCCCUUGCUUGCAAGUUGGACAGGAGCAGAAACACACAUACUUACCACUUGAGGUUUGCAACAUUGUAGCUGGCCAACGAUGUAUUAAGAAACUGACAGACAAUCAGACUUCCACUAUGAUCAAAGCUACCGCCCGAUCUGCUCCAGACAGACAGGAGGAGAUCAGCAGGCUGGUGAAGAGUAACAGUAUGGUUGGUGGACCAGAUCCGUACCUCAAGGAGUUUGGCAUUGUUGUUCAUAAUGAAAUGACAGAGCUAACAGGCAGAGUGUUGCCAGCACCAAUGCUUCAGUAUGGAGGAAGGAAUAAAACUGUGGCCACCCCAAACCAGGGUGUUUGGGACAUGAGAGGAAAGCAGUUCUAUGCUGGUAUUGAGAUCAAAGUUUGGGCUGUUGCUUGUUUUGCACCACAGAAGCAGUGCCGAGAAGACUUGUUAAAGAGUUUCACUGAUCAGUUAAGAAAGAUCUCCAAAGAUGCAGGAAUGCCCAUUCAAGGUCAGCCUUGCUUCUGUAAAUAUGCUCAAGGCGCUGACAGUGUGGAGCCAAUGUUCAAACAUCUUAAGUUGACAUAUGUUGGUCUUCAACUUAUCGUGGUGAUUUUGCCUGGCAAGACUCCAGUUUAUGCGGAAGUGAAACGAGUAGGAGACACGCUACUUGGUAUGGCCACCCAGUGUGUUCAGGUGAAAAAUGUAGUCAAGACAUCUCCUCAGACACUAUCAAACCUCUGCCUGAAAAUCAAUGCCAAGCUAGGGGGAAUUAACAAUGUGUUGGUGCCUCACCAAAGACCUUCAGUGUUUCAGCAGCCUGUUAUAUUUUUGGGAGCUGAUGUAACACACCCCCCUGCUGGGGAUGGCAAGAAACCUUCCAUUGCAGCUGUAGUGGGCAGCAUGGAUGGGCAUCCCAGCCGCUACUGUGCCACUGUGCGUGUUCAGACCUCACGCCAAGAGACAACCCAAGAGUUGCUGUACAGCCAGGAAGUUAUUCAAGAUCUUUGCAACAUGGUUCGGGAACUGCUUAUCCAGUUUUACAAGUCAACUCGCUUUAAACCAACAAGAAUCAUCUACUAUAGAGGAGGCGUUUCUGAAGGUCAAAUGAAACAGGUGGCAUGGCCAGAGCUUAUGGCAAUUCGAAAGGCCUGCAUCAGCUUGGAAGAAGAUUACAGACCUGGAAUAACCUACAUUGUUGUACAAAAGAGGCAUCAUACAAGGCUUUUUUGCUCUGAUAAAACAGAAAGGGUUGGAAAGAGUGGCAAUGUGCCAGCAGGAACUACAGUGGACAGCACAAUAACACACCCAUCAGAAUUUGAUUUCUAUCUCUGUAGUCAUGCUGGGAUUCAGGGAACAAGUCGUCCAUCUCAUUACCAGGUUCUCUGGGAUGAUAACUGCUUCACUGCUGAUGAACUCCAGCUACUAACCUACCAGCUGUGUCACACAUAUGUGCGGUGCACGCGGUCUGUUUCAAUCCCCGCCCCUGCUUACUAUGCUCGACUGGUUGCAUUCAGAGCAAGGUAUCAUCUUGUAGAUAAGGAUCAUGACAGUGCUGAAGGAAGCCAUGUAUCUGGUCAGAGCAAUGGUCGAGAUCCUCAAGCUCUGGCCAAAGCUGUUCAGAUUCACCACGACACACAACACUCAAUGUACUUUGCCUGACAGCACAGUGAGAACUGGCACAGACUCUCCUCAUCCUUCUUUUCCAGGCCCUGAAGUCUUCUGUUAAGCAGGCUUGCCUGUAAUUUUCAGGGCCAGUUCUGUCUCUUGGCUUCCCACCAGCACAUUUUGGACUUUUUGCACUGAAUCUCUUUACCAUGGCAUUUGAAUGGAGGAAAGAUGCAAACCUUUUUAUUUAGUUAUCUCAAAAAACUUAUGGAUUGUCUUCUGAUGCAUUGGACUGAAUAUUUACCUCAAGCUCAAAAGAUAUCUGAACAUUUUACUCCAAGCAACUCUUGUUGUGUUAAUUGUUUUAAUUUGCAAGCCAGCAUUUCUUCAUCCUUGGUUGUAACAAAAAUGUACAUGCUUUUUGUCUGAACAUGCUGCUUUGCAACUGUACUUAAAUGGAAAAGUUUAACUGAGUGGGCCAUAGACUUGCUAAAUGAGGUUUAGUCCUUACUGUAUAAUAACUUCUUAAUGUUUUUACAGAUAAUGCCGUCUGUCAGGUUCUUAACCAUUGCAAACUUGUACUUUUUAACGAGUGCAGGCUGCAAACCUAUUGCACUAUAUUGCAUAUUAAUUAAGGUAAGUUUUUAUUUCUGUAUAAAAUGAAUGUGUAAUAUUAAGAUUUAAUAUAAGGGCCAUGUGGCGAGCACUGCCAUAUAGUUUUUUCACUUGCAGAUUGCCAUUACUUUUCCUUCCCCAGGCACUUUUGCUUCCCAAGACAACCGUAUGUUAGUAUUUUGCCAGCGCACACAGACGCCCGUGUCAAUGCUGCUGCAGUUUGAUAAAAGUUUUUACUCUCGGAGGGAUGGGUGUGGGGUACCAUUUUUAUGGCAAUAAAACAUUUUAGUAUCAUAACAUCAUUUCAACAUCCACCUGGUUUUUGGGUGUUGUAUGGUGUAGACUUUUUUCUCCUUUCAGUAAAAUUUGUCAAAUUGAUUUUACAAUCACUUUUUCACAUGGUUUUUUUUUUUCCUAAUGGAGAUUGUUACUUCCAGUAAAGGUUAUGACCUCUUGACUAUUCUGGAACCCUUGGCAGAGAAUUCUUUAUUGCCAGCAGGGCAGGCCCUGCAUGUGCAAAAAUCAAACUCCUUUACUUUUGGGAGAGAUGUAGGCAGCUUUGGAGGGCAGAGACUACACGAUUUAUACCAGCAUUUUCCGUUUGUGUUGGUCCUCUGAACCCAGACUAACAAAGUGCAUGUUUGUAUAAUUUGCAUGUACAUAAUUUUCUUAUUAUACCUUUUAGUUUAUCAUUUUUAUGAAUGAAAACUGAACCAAUUCUAUAUACACAUGCUCUUUGCUAUCCUCCUUGCUCUCUCAACUAUAAAAGGUAAUUGAGAUAAACCUUUACAGUGCUCUACUACAUGCAGGUUUUCUGAUGUAGCGACUCCAUUAACUUUAACAAGCCCUGUCUUUGUUUCUCUGGUAUACCUCAGUUGCAUUCACUGCUUUUUCCUGCUCUGGUUAUCCGUAUUCUUGCAGCAUGACAACAGGUUUGACCAGCGAUUUUUCUUUCCUUCUCUCCAUAUUUACACAAACACAGAAUAUACCUCACUGGGACAGUAGAAGUUGUGAACGGGAGGAUUAUUGUGCUGCUUUGGGCUUUAUUGCUGCUUGGUAACCCACUUUAGUGCCAGAAAGGCCUCCUGAAGGUGCUACGGUUGUAAUCUUUUGUAAGUAGCGUGUUUGCAGUUGCAGCUUGGUGAGACUCUACGUACGACCUUGAUAGCUUUGCAGUGUUUGGUGGUGAUUUCUUCAGCAGUUCAAUUUCACAAUAAAAUUGCUGGUCGCACAUAAGGCAGUUUUUUUUGUAUGUGGCAUGCCAUAAGUUGGUCCAUUGUUUUUUUAUUAUUUGUAUAUUGUGUAAUUAGAUUGGGUCACAACAGAAGAACAUCCUUAUCUCUGCUUUGCUGAUGGCUGCAUACAUUUGCCAGUCACGAGCCAGCCAGGCCUUCUAUUUUCUGUGACCAACUCUUAUAUAACUCCCAAAUGAGAUUGUUGGAUGUAGUCAUUCAGAGAUAUUUCUAGAAUUGCCAAGUUUGGCUAAAAAUUAUAAUUGUCAGACCUGAUUGUUACAUUAUGGCUAGCUUUAAUAACAAUUUUACAAUAGACACGUUCUUUAUGAACCUUGAGUGAGGCUUCUCUAAACUAUUUUGAUAGCUGAUGAUUUGAUAGCUGCUUCUGAUUGCUUUUGUUUAGCUAUGUCAUCAACAGGCACCGGUGAGCUACAGUCCCAACAUUAAGCAAAUGAUGUUUCUGGGAGUUGUCGUUCAUACAAUAUGGAGGUGUAGGGUUCACAUAUUUGAUGCUUCUGUUUAGUGCUACAUUGCGGUAAUGCUAGUGAAGCUUUGGUUUAGAAACCCAGUAAGGCUUUAAACCCACUAUUAACUAGCAAUAUCAAGCUUUUAAUUCAUAUGACAGACAAUGAAUUAUAUUAGUAGAUUAUUAACCUAUUUAAAAUGCAGAGCAAGUGCUGAAACAUCCAAAAUGUAUGUUAACAUGAAUUUCAGUCUUAAUCCAAGUAUAACAUUUUAAAACUAAAAACUGAUGAAAUUUAGGUCAGUGAAAAUUGUUUUGUAGCUAAUAAAAUGCAGACCUAUGUAGUUCACCAUUGUGCAAUAUGUGAACAAAAACACCAUAUACAUUGCUAAAUCCAGGGUCAUUGCAAAUAAGUGUAAACUGCCGACGGCUAUUGCUUUUUUCUACCACAGCAUAAAUAGUGUUUUUAGCUACUUUGGGUUAGUUGCGAUCAUCAACAGUGUUUUCUAUUUACAUCUUUCAAGGCUUGCGCAAUAAGCAACAAAUAACUUUGCCAUGAGCUUCAAUAUGCAGCCGACUUUAUUGCAGUGUCUAGCUUUGGCCACUUGUGAUUCUUACAAGGGUCUACAUGCUUGUAUAAUGAUAUCAAACUGAGCCAGGAUACCUACAGUUUAGGAGAUCUGUACAGUUUGGGAAGUAUGAUUUUGUCUUUCUUAUGACCGCAAUAUCAAUUUUGUUUUAAUUUCUGGUUAAUUGAGGAUAAAGGGACAUGGGAGGGAGGGUAAGCAUUAGGUAGAGGUGGGUGUAUGUGUUUUGUAAACUUUUAAAACACUGCACAGUUUGUGUUGCAGCAAUACUAUUGUGAACUGUUUUUGACUUUAUUUUUUUUCCCUAGUAAAUAGCAGGGGGUGUGCUUGGAUCAGUGUUUUGGGGAAGAUUUGUACUUGUUUUAAGAGGUUUGAUUAACAGUUGCAUAUUGUUUCAGUUUUUCUCUCAUUAGACUUUUUAAAGGGAAUCUGUCGGUCAUGAGUGUUUAGGAACUUGUAAAAUUGCAAACUUUUUCUUUUUUUUUCUUUCUUUUUUUUCAUUUUUCCUAAAUGUUACUCCUUAAUAUGUGUCUCUCUAAUCUGUAUUUUCCGUUCUUACUGGCAACAAUUGUUUGUUUACUGGGUUCUUAAAUGAAUUCUAAGUUCCCUAUGAGAUCUGUAGACAUUUCCAGUUACAAUCUUUUCUAUACCUAGUCAACCCAUGACUUGUCUGUAAGUGUAAAGGAAAAUGUAAUGCAAGUGAUCUGUAUUAAAAUGGCCCAUUGUUAGAAUUCUGUAUACCAUACAGUGUAAUGGAGGUACAUGUGGCUUUACCACAAAGUAGGCAUACUUCCAGAUUUAAAAACAAAACAAAAAAACCCUCUUAUACUGCAGUCUGAAACUGUGUAGUCAUUUUGUUUUUUGUGCUAUAACAUUUGGUUUUCAUGGUAAGGGACAUCCUACUUCCAGGACGGUUUUGAAGAAAGCAUUUCAUGUUUCAAAUGAUGGAUUCACUUUAAACUGAUCUGAAGAUCUAAUGGAUAUAUCUGGGUAGUUGGCAUACUGCUGGAAACUGCGCUGGAAGGAUAGUCUGUGGGUGUGGGCUCCCAUGAUUGCUGGCCCUCCUUUAUUAAGUGGUUGUAAUCUGGAAUCUCUGUUAGACUUCCGUUCAGAUAAGUGAAUCAAGGUCAAGUGAGAGUUGUAGGCCUCUAACAAUACUUGUAAGAGCAUUUGUUGCAUUAAACCUGCACAUUGGCAUAACCUGAAUGAAUGCAACAGCCUGCUUAGUGUGUGUGGGUUUAUUUGCAGAGUAAUCUCAAGGUAAGUUUGGUCUAUGUAGAUAGUUGUAGCAUAAGAAUUUUAACUCUAACACUUGCGCUAAUGACAAUCUUACAAAAUACACUGUCACAGGACUCACCAUUUUUAUUGUCCUAAUCUUGUAACUGAUUUUCAUCAAUUUUAAUAUUUUGGCAUAAAGAAACAUUCUUUCAUUAUCUUUCAGUCAAACUAUAAAUCAGAUUUGCAGAUGCAAGACUUUGCAGUGGGUCACUAAGUACUCCAGUCUGUAUUCUUUUUCCUCUCUUUUAGUUAUACCUAGGAACCACUUGCUCUUACAUGGAAACAAUGGUAGAAUGUGUCAAAUGUAUACUUUUUGCUUUACAGAUCCCACACUUCUGGUUUUCAUUUCUAAAUUGAGAAGCACUUUGCCCCCCCCCCCUUCCUUUUUUUUCGCCAUGGACUUAUCUUUUUCCUUGCCAAGCACAUAAGUCUAUCUUGUUGGCAAGGCAGUUAUCUUCCCAGCAAUGAAUGUUUCCCCAUUCCAGUCUGGGAAAAGCAUUUUAUCUUGCGGUGUGUUGUUCCCUAAACAUAGAAAAUGGCUGAUGGGGGGGGGAGGGUUAAUGAAAUCACCAAUACUCGUUCAGAGGUUGCAUUUGUCGUGAGUGACUGAGCUGUACACCCUGAUUUUUUUUUUUUUCUUUUAUAUUGCUUACCCAUUUUAUUAGGAAGUACUAUCCAAACUACUAUGAGAUUAUGCAUAUGUGUUGGGUAUUUACAUAUAGAUUACAUUUACAUUAGUGUCCCUUUAGUAGUAGUAACUUCCUUACACUGACUCUAGAUUUGUUAGAAAUUAUGUAGCAGUAUACAGGCUUGCUUGAAAAGGGACACCACCUGCUUUCUUUGAGGGCAUUUUAAAAAAAAAAAGCUUAUUUUGGCUGAUUUUAUGAUCUGUGUGACAUUUGAAAAGUUUACUGUUAUCACUUUUUUAAUUCCCCUAGCAAAUAGGUAUAAAAUACCAUGUUUCCUUAUUUCUAUAGUAUUUCUAUGUCUAGGAAUGGGGAUUCCUUGUAUAAACUUUGCAUUUAUUGAACUUUUGAUGUACAUUUCUUUUGGUUUCUAUAUUGUCGCUAGACUUGUAAUGUUUAAAUCGUGUUCUAUGAAAUUUUCAGUGGAUGUAUGUCUAUAGCAAUACGAGGUAUUUUUUUUCUUUUUUUAAAAAAAAGCUAUUUAAGGAUGGUUUAGCAGCCCCAACUGCUAGACCUGAGAUGCUGGCUGUGUAAUUUUUUAACUUCGCAGGGAUAUAAUUUGUUUUAUGUGUCUAAAAUAAAAUAUAAAGGCAGUAUGCCAAAUAAA